AUGUCAAACUUACGACUUAACCAUUUAUCCGUUUUGUCCAUAAAUGUUGAUUUAACUAAGAACCUAGAAUGUGAGAAGCAAAUUAAAGAAUUUGCUAAAGAGAAGUGCAUGAAGGUUUCAAGCCACGGAGAAGUUUGGUCGUUUUGUCGCCCAGAGUAUUUGAUACCAGAAAUUACCAUGAAACCACCAUACAAAAUCGCUAAUGAGAAAUUAGCAGAGUUGGGAAGAAAUGAAAUUAUGCUAGCAGAAAAGGAAAUGCCUGGCUUAAUGGCAUGCCGUCGAAAAUAUGCCCCAAGUAAAAUCCUCAAAGGUGCCAGGAUCGCUGGCAGUCUACAUAUGACCGUACAGACUGCUGUUCUCAUAGAAACCUUAAUCGAGCUUGGUGCUGAGGUGCAGUGGUCCAGCAGUAAUAUUUACAGUACACAAGAUGAAGCUGCAGCAGCUCUGGUCGCUAGAGGUAUACCUAUAUAUGCCUGGAAAGGAGAAACUGAGGAAGAGUACACCUGGUGUAUUGAGCAAACGCUAAUUUUUGCUGAUGGAAAGCCCCUUAACAUGAUACUAGAUGAUGGCGGUGAUCUUACAAAUUUAAUACAUAAAAAGUAUCCCCAGUUACUGGAGGGCGUUAAGGGACUGUCGGAGGAGACUACUACUGGUGUACACAAUUUGUACAAAAUGUUCAAAGAAGGAUCGUUGAAAGUGCCAGCCAUCAACGUCAAUGACUCUGUUACUAAAAGCAAGUUUGAUAAUCUGUAUGGCUGCAGAGAGUCACUUUUAGAUGGUAUCAAAAGGGCAACAGAUAUUAUGAUAGCAGGAAAAGUUUGUGUAGUUGCAGGAUAUGGUGAUGUUGGAAAAGGUUGCGCUCAAGCAUUCAAAGGCUUUGGUGGUAGAGUCAUUGUCACUGAAAUUGAUCCUAUUAAUGCUCUUCAAGCAGCAAUGGAAGGUUUUCAUGUGACUACGAUGGAAGAAGCUGCUGAAACAGGGCAAAUAUUUGUUACAACCACUGGGAACAUCGACAUAAUAAACAAAGAUCAUUUCUUAAGAAUGAAGGAUGAUGCAAUUGUUUGUAAUAUUGGUCAUUUUGAUUGUGAAAUUGAUGUUGCUUGGCUUGAAAACAAUGCUAAAAAGGUUAACAUCAAGCCCCAGGUUGACCGUUAUGAACUAGAAAAUGGAAAUCACAUAAUUGUUCUGGCAGCUGGUAGACUGGUAAACUUAGGUUGUGCAACCGGUCACUCUUCUUUUGUAAUGUCCAACUCUUUUACUAACCAAGUGUUGGCGCAAAUUGAGCUCUGGACCAGACAUAAUGUUUAUCCAGUAGGUGUCCACACCUUACCCAAAAAACUUGACGAAGAAGUUGCAGCAUUGCAUUUGGACCACCUUGGAGUGAAACUUACAAAGCUGACACCAAAACAGGCAAAGUACAUUGGUGUUUCUGUUGAAGGACCUUACAAACCAGAGCACUAUCGAUAUUAA